UCGGUUCCGGGGGCUGGCGGAGUGGGUCCCGUAGGAUGGCGCUAUACCGGGGCACGGAGCACUGACACCGGCCGCGCCAUGAGCCCCUGGGGCAGAGGGGGCACCGCAGGCCAUGUGCUGGUUGUGGGCACGGUGCUGUGCUGCCUACUGCAGAACCUCAGAGCUCUGAACGUGUGCGCCAGCAGGAGCACCACGUCUGCCUCGUGCCAGGAGUGUCUUCUCAUUCACCCGCAGUGUGCUUGGUGCUCUCAGGAGGACUUCGGCGGGUCCAGGACGGUGACGUCUCGAUGCGACCUGAUGGAUAAUCUCAUCAGUAAAGGCUGCGACCCGGAGUUCAUCGAGGGUCCGAAGAGCGCCGUGACGGUGACCGAGGAUCUCCCUCUCAGCAGCAAGGGGUCCGGCGCCACGCACUCCGACUUCAUUCAGCUCACGCCGCAGAGACUCUCGCUGUCUCUCCGACCCGGUGCCCCGGCCUCGUUCACGGUGCAGGUGAGGCAGGUGGAGGACUAUCCGGUGGAUCUUUACUACCUGAUGGAUUUAUCGCUGUCCAUGAAAGACGAUCUGAAUAUUAUCCGGAAUCUGGGAACCAAACUGGCCGCCGAGAUGAAAAAACUCACCAGCAACUUCCGCCUGGGCUUCGGCUCCUUCGUGGACAAGAACAUCUCCCCGUUCUCCUACACGGCCCCCAAAUACCAGAACAACCCCUGCACCGGAUACAAGCUGUUCCCCAGCUGUAACCCGUCCUUCGGAUUCCGGCACCUCCUCUCGCUCACCGACAAAGUCGACAAUUUCAACGCCGAGGUCCAGAAGCAGCGAGUGUCGCGGAACCGGGAUGCCCCCGAGGGGUCAUUCGAUGCCAUCCUCCAGGCAACGGUUUGCAAGGAGAAGAUCGGCUGGAGACAGGAGGCGUCCCACCUGCUGCUCAUCACCACCGACGACGUCCCGCACAUCGCCCUGGACGGGAAACUCGCUGGUCUCGUCCAUCCCCACGACGGUCAGUGCCACCUAAACGCCGACAACGAGUACGGAGCGUCCACUCAACUGGAUUAUCCGUCUCUUGCGCUUCUCGGAGAAAAACUGUCUGAAAACAACAUCCACCUGAUCUUUGCGGUGACGAAGAGCCAUUACGUCCUCUACAAGAAUUUCACGUCUCUGAUCCCCGGGACGACGGUGGAGAUUCUGGACGAGAACUCGCAGAACGUCAUCCAGCUGAUUGUGAACGCGUAUAAUAAUAUUCGCUCCAAGGUCGAGCUGGUCGUGUCGGACGUUCCCGAUCAUCUGAGUCUCGGCUUCUCGGCGACGUGUCAGGACGGCGUGGCCUACCCGGGGGUGAAGAAAUGCGGGGAGCUGAAGAUCGGGGACACGGUUUCCUUCGAAGUGUCUGCCGAGGCGAGGAGCUGCCCCUCUCCAGACACCGUCCACACCUUCUCCAUCAAGCCGGUGGGUUUCCGGGACACGCUGGAUGUGACCGUGACCUACGAGUGCCGCUGCGGCUGCUCGCGGCGGGUGGAGACGGGCAGCGCCGGCUGCAGCGGUAACGGGACAUACGCCUGCGGCGUGUGCGACUGCGAGCCGGGGUUCCUGGGAGCGCGCUGCGAGUGCAGGGAGGAGGAGGGCAGCAGCGAGACGUCUCUGAGCAGCUGCCGGGAGGCCGACGGCAAGACGGUGUGUAACGGGCGCGGGAGGUGCAUCUGCGGACUGUGCGUCUGCUACGAGAGUGAAUUCGGACGGAUCAGCGGCUCGUACUGCGAGUGCGAUGACUUCUCCUGCGCCAGGUUUAAGGGAGUGCUGUGCUCCGGCCACGGCGAGUGUGACUGCGGGGAGUGUAAAUGCCACGCUGGUUACAUCGGGGAAAACUGCAAUUGCACCACAGAGACCGCCGGCUGCCUCUCCGACGAGGGGCAGAUUUGCAGCGGUAAAGGAAACUGCGUCUGCGGCCAAUGUCAGUGCAUCGAGCCCGGGGCGUUCGGACAGACCUGCGAGAAAUGCCCCACCUGCCCCGACGCCUGCGGGACCAAAAGGGAUUGCAUCGAGUGCAGGUUGUACCAGACGGGGCGACUCGCCGAUAACCAGACCUGCCACCGGCUGUGCAAAGACGAGAUCCUCACCGUGGACGCGCUGGACACCGGAGACCCCGACGCCAUUUUGUGUGUUUAUAAGACUGAAAGUGACUGCGUUAUGCGUUUUACUUACUCCGAGGAGGCGAGCGGGAAAUCCAUCCUGACUGCGCUGAAAGAGCCCGAAUGCGCCACGGCCCCCGAUGCCCUCACCGUCCUGCUGGCCGUGGUGGGCAGCAUAUUGCUGAUCGGACUCGUUCUCCUGGCCGUGUGGAAGCUGCUCGUUACCGUUCACGACCGACGGGAAUUUGCCAGGUUUCAGAACGAACGCACGAGGGCCAGAUACGAGAUGGCAUCGAACCCGCUGUAUCGGGAGCCGAUCUCCAUGCACAACGUGGACGAGGUCUACAGCAUGUUGGGAAAAUCCAAUAACGGUACCACGGAUGGAUUCCCAUCCAUGAAAGAGAUGGAGUGAGGGGCCGGACCCUCAGCCGCGCCGGACCCUCAGCCGCACUUCACUUUAACCCGUAGAAAA